CCGAGCCCGGGGAAGAGCCGCCCGCCAGCUCGCCCAGGCCGUGCAAAAUGUAUAAGGGUGGAAAGACCCCGAGCAGCCUUUUGUGGUUGGGGAGAAAAGUGGUUUUGUGUGGCGUGGGGACAGUCCUGAGGUUGCAUUGGUACCACUACAAACCGCACUGGAUGUGUUGAACAUGAUGCUAGUUAAAAUGUGUGUGUGUGGGUGGGAGGAGUGACCGUGCUCAGAGGUGUGUCCCAGGCGGAAAAAAAAAAAAAAAAGUUAGUUUUCCGAGCUGUUUGUAGCAAAACGAGGGAACGUUUGUUUCUGGAGACGCUUCACCGGCUGUGGAUAACGCUGCUUGUAGCAUGGUAUCUUGCAAGCUCAAAUCUGCUUUAUGAAAAUGCAUGUAGGAGUGUCUACUACAGCAUAGAGCUGAGGCUUCUUGAAUAAAACCAAAUUUCAACGAAGUGUUUUCCUAGCUAAAGUAGAUAUGCUUACUGCUGUAAACAGUACUUCAUUUUUACAUGUUUAACAUUUGACUAACCUUAAGAAUAUUUGUUAAGAUAUCUCUCCAUAAAGUUAACUUUUUAAACAAUUCGUUAUUAUUACUUUUUAAUCAUGACUUGUUAGGUCUCAGUGUCACACUUUCAUCCUCUACAAAAACUGUGAAUCUUCCUGAGAAAUAGGUUUCGUUUUUGCACUGAAUGUAGCCAGGACAGAUCCUUGUGGGCUUUGGCAGCCCUUGGAAACUGUCAAAGGCAGUAUUUUGCAUUUCUGCAGAACUUUGCACAGAUCCUGUUCCCAUGCAAACUGAUGAGGGAGAAAUACUGGAGGAAGGCAGUCCCAAGGUCAAUGAGAUGGAACAUGAGGAUUUUGUAAUGGAGGGGCAUGGCAAGACUCCACCUCCUGGUGAAGAAAACAAACAAGAGAAGGAGCAAGAAAGGGAAGAACAGUUAAUGGAAGACAAGAAAAGGAAGAAAGAGGAUAAGAAAAAGAAGGAAUCCGCUCAGAAGGUCACAGAUCAAAAAACCAAAGUGCCCGAAGUGACGAAACCAAGUUUAAGCCAACCAGUGGCUGCCAGCCCAAUUGGCAACUCUCCAUCGCCACCAGUCAAUGGUGGCAACAAUGCCAAAAGGGUGGCAGUGCCGAACGGACAACCGCCAAGCGCCGCCCGCUACAUGCCUCGGGAGGUGCCGCCGCGAUUCCGUUGCCAGCAGGACCACAAAGUGUUACUGAAACGUGGGCAGCCCCCUCCGCCAUCCUGUAUGCUCCUUGGGGGUGGAGCAGGGCCUCCUCCCCCAACAGCACCAGGAGCAAACCCAAACAACGCACAACCAGUGACAGGAGCACUGCCGCAGAGUGACAGUGGGACUGCAACAGAUUCAGCAAUUGGAGGUGCUGCUGCUUCAAAUUAUGCAAAUUCCACUUGGGGUCCUGGAGCCUCCUCCAACAGCGGCACCAACGCCAACCCAACUCACAUCUGGGACAAGGUGAUUGUAGACGGGUCUGACAUGGAAGAGUGGCCUUGUAUUGCCAGCAAAGAUGCUGAGUCUUCUUCCGAAAACACCACCGAUAACAACAGUGCCUCGAACCCUGGCUUGGAGAAGAACACUCUGCCAGGAAGCACCACUAGUAACAAAGGAAAAGGAAGCCAGUGCCAGUCUGGAAGCGCUGGAAACGAAUGUAAUCUUGGGGCCUGGAAAUCUGAUCCCAAGGCUAAAUCUGUUCAAUCUUCCAACCCUGCUGCCGAGAGUAACAAUGGACUAGGUAACUGGAGGAACUUGAGUGGACAAGAUAGAAUCGGUCCUGGUUCUGGCUUCAGCAACUUUAACCCAAAUAGCAACCCAUCUGCUUGGCCGGCACUGGUUCAAGAGGGCAAUUCUAGGAAAGGGACUUUGGAAUCUGAUAGUGGUAGCUCCAAUGCACAGAUUAGCACAGUAGGUCAGACCUCUAGGGAACAGCAGUCAAAGAUGGAAAAUGCGGGUGUUAACUUUGUCUCUGGCAGAGAACAGGCUCAAAUUCAUAACACUGAUGGACCAAAAAAUGGAAACACUAACUCCUUGAACUUAAGUUCACCAAACCCUAUGGAGAAUAAGGGAAUGCCCUUUGAAAUGGGCUUGGGGAACCCUUCCAGGAGCACUGACACCCCUUCACAAAGCACUGGAGAAAGAAAGACUGGGAGUGUUGGAUCUUGGGGUACAGCUAGGGGGUCUUCUGGAACUGACACAGUCUCUGGGCAGAGCAAUUCUGGAAACCAUGGGAACAAUGGAAAGGAUAGAGAGGACUCCUGGAAAGGAGCUUCUGUUCAAAAACCUAAUGGGUCAAGAAGUGAUUCUUGGGAUAACAGUAACCGGUCUACGGGUGGUGGGUCUUGGAACUUUGGCCCUCAGCAUGCAAAUGAAAACAAAUGGGGUGAAGGGAACAAAUUAACAUCUGGGGUCUCUCAGGGAGAAUGGAAACAGCUGUCUGGGUCUGAUGAACUGAAGAUUGGAGAAUGGAGUGGUCCAAACCAACCAAAUUCUAGCACUGGAGCAUGGGACAAUCAAAAAGGCCACCCUCUUCCUGAAAACCAAGGCAAUUCCCAGGCUCCCUGUUGGGGAAGAUCUUCCAGCUCUGCGGGAAGUGAGGUUGGAGGUCAAAGCACUGGAAGCAACCACAAAGCAGGAAGUAGUGACAGUCACAAUUCUGGACGCCGAUCAUAUAGGCCUACGCAUCCUGAUUGCCAGGCAGUCUUGCAGACUUUGCUGAGCAGGACUGAUUUGGACCCCCGAGUGCUUUCAAACACUGGCUGGGGCCAGACUCAAAUUAAGCAAGAUACCGUGUGGGAUAUCGAAGAGAUGCCACGGCCUGAGGGGAAGUCUGAUAAAGGAACUGAGGGGUGGGAGAGCUCUGCCACACAGACAAAGAACUCAGGGGGCUGGGGCGAUGUACCCAGCCAAAGCAAUCAAAUCAAGUCUGGAUGGGGUGAGCUCUCAACCCCAACAGAGUGGAAGGACCCCAAAAAUACUGGAGGAUGGAAUGACUAUAAGAACCCCAGUUCUUCUAAUUGGGGAGGAGGAAGACAAGAGGAAAAAUCAUCUUCCUCCUGGAAUGAUAGCUCUAGUAAGGAUCAGGGGUGGGGUGGACGGCAGACUAAUCAAGGAUGGUCUUCUGGAAAGAACGGUUGGGGAGAGGAAGUUGACCAAACAAAAAACAGCAACUGGGAAAGUGCAGGAAACAAGCCAGUGUCUGGUUGGGGUGAAGGUGGGCAAAAUGAGAUUGGAACUUGGGGUAAUGGUGCAAAUACAAGCGCUGCUUCAAAGGGUGGAUGGGAUGAUUGUAAAAGAACUUCAACAUGGAAUGAGACGGGUCGACAGCCCAACUCCUGGAACAAGCAGCAGCAGCACCAGCAGCAGCAGCAGCAACAGCAGGAGGCUUCUGGUUCCUGGGGUCCACCGCCCCAAACUCCAAGUAAUGGGCGACCUCCAAACCCAAACUGGAACAGUGGACCACAGCCAGCUGCCCCCAAAGAGGAGGAGCCUAGUGGCUGGGAAGAACCUUCUCCACAGUCAAUCAGUCGAAAAAUGGAUAUUGAUGAUGGCACUUCAGCGUGGGGAGAUCCUAGCAGUUAUAACUACAAGAAUGUGAACCUGUGGGACAAGAACUCACAAGGAGGACAGGCCCCACGGGAGCAGAGCCUGCCUACUCCAAUGACUAGCAAAUCACAAGCAUCAGUCUGGAGCAAAAGCACUCCACCUGCUCCAGAUAAUGGUACGUCCGCCUGGGGUGAGCCAAAUGAAACCAGUCCCGGGUGGGGUGAAGUAGAUGAUACAGGAGCAUCGACAACAGGCUGGGGGAAUGCACCUUCCAACGCCCCGAAUGCCAUGAAAUCUAGUUCUAAAUCUAUGCAAGAUGGCUGGGGAGAGAGUGAUGGGCCAGUGACAGGAACGCGUCAUUCCAGCUGGGAAGAGGAGGAGGAGGGAGGAGUCUGGAACACAGCAGGCUCUCAGGGAAGCAGUUCCUCCCACAACUCAACAAGCUGGGGGCAAGGAGGAAAGAAAACACAAAUGAAGAAUGAAACUGAAGGUGUGAUAAACAUUCUACAGAGCACGUGUUCAUCCAGUUUGGUAUACCUAACAAUGAAGAAUUUUAUGAGAGAGAAAAGAAAAAAGUAUUUGUGCUCAUUAAAAGGAGGAAAUAAUGAUUCGUGGAUGAACCCUUUAUCCAAACAGUUUUCAAACAUGGGCUUGCUAGGUCAAACUGAGGACAUUCCAGGUAGUAAGAUGGACUUGUCUGUAGGUGGUCUCCCGGAUAAGAAGUUUGAGGUAGAUAAACGAGCCAUGAAUCUCGGGGAUUUUAAUGAUAUGAUGAGAAAGGAUCGAUCUGGGUUCCGUCCACCUAAUUCCAAAGACAUGGGAACCACAGACAGUGGGCCUUAUUUUGAGAAGGGUGGCAAUCAUGGUUUGUUUGGAAACAGCACAGCACAAUCGAGGGGCAUGCACACACCAGUGCAGCCACUAAAUCCUUCCCCCAAUAUCCGGGCGCAAGUGCCUCCCCAAUUUCUUUCUCCCCAGGUUUCGGCCUCCAUGCUCAAACAGUUUCCCAACAGUGGCUUGAAUCCUGGUCUCUUCAAUAUGGGCCCCCAGCUUUCUCCACAACAGAUUGCCAUGCUGAGCCAGCUUCCACAGAUUCCCCAGUUUCAAUUAGCGUGUCAGCUCCUCCUUCAGCAGCAGCAGCAACAGCAACUGUUACAGAGCCAGAGGAAGUUAUCUCAAGCUGUGCGACAACAACAGGAGCAACAGAUUGCUCGUAUGGUGAGUGCCCUCCAGCAGCAGCAGCAGCAGAGGCAGCCUGGCAUGAAGCAUUCACCAUCCCACCCUGUUGGGCCUAAGCCACAUUUAGACAGCAUGGUACCCAAUCCUUUGAAUGUGGGUCUCUCAGAUUUACAGACCAAAGGGCAAAUACCUGGAUACGGUUCAGGCUUUGGCUCAAGUGGCAUGGAUUAUGGCAUGGUGGGAGGGAAAGAGGCUGGAACAGAAUCCCGCUUUAAGCAGUGGACUAUGAUGGAAGGGCUUCCCUCUGUGGCUUCACAAGAUGCCAAUAUGCACAAAAAUGGUGCAAUAGUGCCCCCUGGAAAGGCUCGUGGAGGAUCGCCCUACAACCAGUUUGACAUAAUUCAGGGCGACCCACUCGGUAGCCAUGCAGGCCCUGCUGGUGAUAGUUGGUUACCUGCCAAAUCUCCACCAACGAACAAGAUCGGAAGCAAAUCCAGCAACGCCAGCUGGCCUCCAGAAAUUCUGCCGUUCAAGAGAGCAGUAUUGUUCAGCACAAAGAUAAAUGAAGUGGUGCCCAAUCAAACUGAUAUCACAGCUGGAGAGUUCCAACCAGGAGUGCCAUGGAAAGGUAUACAAAACAUUGACCCUGAAUCUGAUCCCUAUGUGACCCCUGGAAGUGUGCUGGGGGGGACAGCCACAUCUCCCAUUGUAGAUACUGACCACCAACUUCUGCGGGACACCACCACAGGGUCUAAUUCUUCCCUCAACACCUCGCUGCCUUCACCUGGUGCCUGGCCCUACAGUGCCUCUGACAAUUCCUUCACCAACGUUCAUAGCACUUCAGCAAAAUUCAGUGAUUACAAAUCAACAUGGUCCCCAGAUCCCAUAGGACACAAUCCUGCUCAUCUCUCCAACAAGAUGUGGAAAAACCAUAUUUCCUCAAGGAACACUACAGGGCUGCCCCGCCCGCCUCCUGGCCUGACCAACCCCAAACCAUCAUCUCCAUGGAACAGCACAGCACCCCGAUCGGUCAGGGGCUGGGGGGCACAGGACUCAAGGCUUGCCUCUGGUGAGAAGAAUCAACUGAUAGCACCAUUGAUCAGACCUGAGGAGUCAUCUGCUUGGAGUGAUGGUGGCUCAGUGCGUCCUAGCUACUGGCUGGUUCUUCACAAUCUCACUCCACAGAUUGAUGGGUCAACUUUGAGGACGAUCUGCAUGCAGCAUGGCCCACUGCUGACAUUCCAUCUGAACCUGACCCAGGGCACCGCCCUUAUCCGAUAUAACACCAAACAGGAGGCGGCCAAGGCCCAGACUGCACUGCACAUGUGUGUGUUGGGAAACACUACCAUCCUGGCUGAGUUUGCCACAGAUGAAGAGGUUAGUCGCUUUCUGGCACAAGCUCAGCCCCCUACACCUGCAGCAACCCCAAGUGCACCCACAGCAGGCUGGCAAUCCCUGGAGACAGGACAGAACCAGACAGAUCCAGUUGGACCUGCUUUAAAUCUCUUUGGUGGGUCAACAGGGCUUGGGCAGUGGAGCAGUGGUGGCGGCAGCAGCAGCAGUGGGGGUGAUCUCACUGGCGCUUCAUUGUGGGGGCCCCCAAACUAUUCUUCAAGCUUGUGGGGGGUCCCAAGCGUAGAGGAUCCACACAGAAUGGGCAGCCCUGCUCCCUUACUACCUGGAGACCUUCUGGGAGGAGGGUCGGAUUCAAUCUGAACUUAGAACUUUCAACUCUGACCUCGUGACCUUUUUUGGAACAGCAGCAGCACUAACUUGACCUUUUCGUUUUUUUCAACUUGCAAUAAAUACAUUUAUAAAAGGAAAAAAGAAAACGGAGAGAGAAAAAAAGGUGGGUCAUUGACAGACUGUCUGAGCACAUAGUUGCCUCCCUUAUAUAACUUCAGUUUUUUCGUUUGGAAUAUGAAUCCAAAAAGAGAACAUAUCACUCUUGAAAUACUUGAAUCAUGAACGCCAACUUAGAAAGACAAUGUGAAGCAAGUACACAUACCAUUUAAAUUUAAACACAAAAAAUUAAAAAAAUUAGUUUCUAGUUUUUCACUUUUUCAUGUUAUACGGAAGUUGUUGCUAAGAAACAUAUAUACUGAAAAAAUAGCUUUUUAACUUUGUUUGCACUGGGUGUGUUUCCGUCCUUAGGUCUACCAUGUUGGGUUGGGGUAGGGGAGGGGUUCAAAAGAAAAAAAGGGGGGGGAGGGAAGACUUGACGGAGCCUCACUUUAAAAACGAAAAAAUGAAAAAAAAUUUAAAAAAUUUAAAAACCCACAAAAAAAACCACAAAACAAACAAACAAACAAAAAAAACAAACAAAACAAAAAAACCAACACUUUGUGAUUGGCUGGUUGAUAAGUACCAGUGUGUUCUGGCACAUGUAACUGCCCACGUGUGCUUGUUUCUGUGUGAGUGCGUGUGCACAUGUUCGUGUGUGUGCAUUUUUUUCUCUAUAUAUAUAAUCUUGAAACGCUGCAUUGCUGAUGGUCUACGGGCUGGCUGGCCAUCUGCAUGUCUUGAUUCUGAAAACAAGACAGGCAUGGUGGAGUCCCUGUGGCUGAAGCAGAAUCCAGUUGGGCUGGAUUAAAAUUUGUCAGUAGGUUUUUUUAAAUUCAUUUUAGCAGGGUGCUAUCUCAAGUCUGCAGAUCAUAUUGAGUGGGUAGUUGCUUCCUAGCCCUUGUUCUAACCCUGUGGUAGAGCAGAACACUGCCAUAUCCAAAGGAUUUGGUGAGAGGGGAGCCAAUGUUGUCUUUUGAGUAGCAGUGUAUUUAUUUAUUUAUGUCUGCAUGUGGGGUUUUUGUACUGAGUGAACCCUAGAAUGUUUGUUAUAUAAUGCAAGCCAUUUUUUUCUUCCAGCGAGGGGAAAAGAGGAGGAAAGAAGACAUUGCCAUUUUUUGUGCGGCUAAGACAAAUGUUCUUACUCAGUCUUUCACAAGCUUCAGUACCUUUAAAAAAAAAAGUGUCUCUUUUCUCCCCCAAACCUAAAUAGGCACCCAUACUCAUUCUUGAAGACUCCGUCAAAAACUUGAAAGUCCAGCCCAACAAAAUUAGCCUUUUAAUUGAUUGACCGCUUGUAUUAAAACUGACAAAAACUAAUUUGUGUCAGCAAAUUGCUGGCCAGCCUGUCUCAUCUCCUGAAAGCACAUGCAGCUAACUCCUUUCUAUGUCCUUCAUGGUGAGCGUUACCUGUGCCAGGCCUUGGUGUAUUACAGCGCCAGACCAUCACUGACAGAAACGUUUACUUACGAAUGUUCUUAAACCAGUGUGUACUUCAAACGUUUCCUUUUGUUUCUCUGUUGUGUUUUUUCCUGUGUACGUGGUUUUGCUUAGGGAGGUAUAUAACUAGCAAAGACUUUUUUUUUUAAAAAAAAGUAUUGCACCUUUUUGUUUUUUGUUUUUACUUUUUCUGUACUGUUGCUUUUUAAUUUCUGUAUUUAAGGAAAGGUUUGGGGUUUUUUAGCAUCAGUGUAGUAGUACUCUGGGCAGGAUAGGGGUGACCUAUAAUCCACAGUGAUAGCCAGUGUGUGCGUGCAUGUGUGCGCUGGGAGCAAAACUUUUAAGACCUGUUGUUGUGAAAAGAGUUGUAGCAGACUUGAAGGAACAUCCCUUGACACAAAGUGGGAAGUCUUUUGGGGGGUUGGGGCCGGGAGAAGAGGGGAGAGAGAUGCCGGUACUUUUUCCGUAAGUGCUCAGACUUCCAUGUGGUGUUGUCUAGCUGUUACACCGUCUAACAAAGUGCCGACAUACUGUACCAGCACAUACCUGUCCAUUCCAACCCUCAGCGGGAGCAGUGCUUGGGCUUUAUUACCUGCCGGGGGGGGAGGAUAGGGGAGUCUCUCUUUCUUCAGCGUUUUCAUUGAAGGAUAUGACAAUGUCUAAUACAUUUAACUCUAAGUAUGGGUCGGGUGGGGAGAAGCAAAAGCAGAUUCAAAUAAUGGGGGGGGGGUGUGCAUGUGUGUGUGUGUGUGUCUGUAUGCCUGUGUGCUGGGGGUGGGAGGGAAGGGCUAGGGAGUUACAUGGCUUUUUUUAAUUCGCCCUUUCUAUGUAAACCCAAUGUCACAAGGAAGACUGACUGAGGGAAAUGCUGCAUAUACACAUGCCUGUAGAUUUGUAUGCAAAGUGUUAUGUGACAAAAAGUAUAAGUAGGUUUGUAUUUGUUUAGUAAACUGGAGUGUGCAGCAUACUCUGGCCCCUUCUGAAUAUACUUUUCUAUCACGUCUCCUCCUUCAUCCAUCCCACCAUGCACAAAGAAACAAAAUGCUCUCUUCCAACUCCUAGCUAGUGCCCCUCACAUGCACACAUCCAUAAAGCUUUGUUUCUGCUAGUCUCUGCUUGAAGACCAGCCGUGCUCAGACAUGCAGAGCGGGUCCUUAAAAGUCCUGUGCCAGCAGUACUUCUUAGUGAAGCACCUUUGGCCUGAGUAAGCCAGUAUCCGUUCUGUCACAUGAUUUGCUAUACAUGCUGGUUCAUUGCUGUGUUCCACCCUCACUUCUCUCUCCCAACCUGCCCUGAGGCCCCUUUUCCUGCACUUUGGGCUAGUUGAGUUCAUUGCGAUACUACGGUGAAAGCCGGGUGCUAGAGCCCCUCUUGUUUACAAGACAUAAUGAGGGAUUUGAAAUAUUUAAAAAGAAAAGCUAAAUUGUUCUUCCAUUGUAAGCUUAAAGGGAAAAAAAUUAAAAUGUACAAAAAAAAAAAAGACCAAAAAGUGCAUAUAUAUAUUUUAGAUGAAGACUAACUCUGGGAGCAUUUAACAGUGUUUUUAUUUUAACAUUUUAUUUUCCUGCUUUAAAUUUGCAAGCAUUCUCAGGAAUUCUAGGGUAGGAAGCCAGUUUUUGAAGAUGGUUUAUUUAACCUUAUCCUAGAUAGAUGGCUGUUUCUUGUUGAUAAACUUUUACAAGUUCCUGAAUCUUCAAAAUGUUUGAAAGUUUUUACUUUAAAAUAAAAAUGCUAAAAAAAAUAAAUAAAAAGAAAAAGAAAAAAAGAAUCUCCAAAUGUUACUGUCAAGCGGGGGGAUCAAGAAUUUUAAAGACUGUAUAAAUUAAAAUACAUUAAGAAAACUUCUCAAUAUCAACAACAGAAAGUCAUUGUAAUCUUAAACAAGUUGUGGGAGAAGAAGGGUUAUCAUUUAUAGUGCUUUGUUACUCAUGCAGACGUGUGCAUUUGCAUGGAGAAGUGUGUGAAUGGAAAUCUAUCACUUUGUUCCCUCUCGAUUGAAACUAACUGAAAAUACUCUUCCAAGCACCUUUUUAAAAGUGAAACUAUAAACCUAAUAAAAAUGCAGUAUAGUGUAACUGAAAGAGUCCUCAGUUAGGAAAACUAGCAGGAAAUACAUGAUGGUGCUUCUUUAAACCACUUUUAAGUCGUUCUAAAGAAAGCUAGUGCUGACAGAAUACCCAAUAAUGAAGCAGUUUUAUUAUCCUGCCUUUUUCAGUACAGAAGAGAGAAAAUAUGAAAAAAUUCCAGUAAAAUGUACAUUAGAGAUCAGCUUUCCGGUUUUCAGCUAUUUGGUCAGUUUAUUCCCCACUUGGAGAUUUGCUGCUUGCUUUUCUUCACCCACCCCACCUCCCAGUCUUUCCGUUUUGUUUUAUAUGAGGAAAAUAUCUGUUAAACUCUUCGGUUCACCCUGUUGCUGCUGGCUGUCAGAGCUUACAGUCUUGAACUUCAGAGUUCGGUGUUGGGAUGGCCAACUUCUGUCUCCCAGUUCUAAGGGUCAGGGGCUUACUCCGCCUGAAAUGGCUAGACUCAAACCACAAAAACCGUGCUAGUGCCUUUUUACAUGCACCCACAUGCCCUACAGUAGGGGAAGGAAGGGAAGACGAGGCAAGGUUGAGGCAGUAUGGCCACUGCAUGGAAUAGAUGUACCUGUUCUUAAGGAAAAAAGAACAUGUUGCAUCAGCAUGUCGUGCAAUGAGUUACAUAACAGUAGUUGAGAUAACUUCUAUUAUUAUUUAAAAAAAAAAAAAAUCGGAUGCCAAAUUUGUCCUUUUCAUAUUAGUUGCCCAGUGUUUUCCUGUUGUGCUGCGUGUACAUCUGACUAUAUACGUGUGUGUUAAAAAUAAUGCAUCAAUAAUAAUACAAUAAUAACAACGCACUUAAAUGAAUCCUGUCAUGGGCCAGUAGAAGGAGAGUUUAUUUAGGGAGUUUGGGAUUUUAUUUUAUUUUUUUUACUCACAGGGAGAAUUUCUGGGUGUUUUGCCAGAGGCUGUGUUUUAUCAAAUCAGCGGUAUCCUAAAAGAGAGGAAAUCAUAGGAUUUAGUCAAAAAGAGCCCAGGAACUUGAUAGUCACUUGAAAGUGGGUUGUGACUGACUGCUGAAGAGUUGGUAGUGUGGAGCUUCAGCGGUCUGCUGGGUCCAAACCUAUUGUAGGACAACAGUCUGCUCCUCCUUUCUCUAAACACGCAGGCCUGCAAAUAUUAGUGACUGUCUCCUCAGUGACAGUUUUCCUACAUUGUUAAAGUAACAUUAAUCUUACUACUUUCCAACUACAGUUGACAGUUCUGUUCCUCUCCAAAUUAUAAGUAGCUAAUCACGAUGUUGCUAGUAUGGCUUAGUCAUGGCACUCCUAAGCAUUGCAAGUGAUUUCUGAGCAUUGUGCUAACCAGACUCAUCUUCUGGGGACAACCAUCACUUAAUGUUGCAAAUAUUCUGCUACCAUUUGAGCUAAUAACAGCAAAAAGGCAGCAGGAAUUGAUGUUAGGGUACUUCUGGGCUUUUACAAAACUGUUCCAGGGAGGGAAUCAGUGGCAGCAUUUGUUUAAACAUGUUGACAAAGAAGGUAGGGAAAAGGGAGUGGGGAGAGCACAUCUUGGAAUAGACUAUGGGCAUUUCUUUCCACAUAAAAUCAAGCAUAACAUCUUUCACUAAAAAAUGCUUUCUCAAGUGAUAAACAGAACUCUUCUUACCGUUUUGUUCUUGGUUUUGGUUCUCCAGCUUAUACAGUCUAAACAUAUACACACUUUACAGGUGGUUUCAGCCUUCCUGGUUUUUUUCCCUGGUUUUGAAUCCUUAAUUGGUUUAAAAAAAAAAAAAAUUAGCAGUGUUAUAAGCAAGUACCCAUUUGUUACCAGCCACUAUGCUUACCCCACCCUGCAGUGUGUAUCAAGCUGAGAAUUUUUUUAAUGGGUUUGAUAAUUCUUUGCUCCAUUUAAGUAUGUUAUUUUAGCAGUGACAACAAAGUCUAGCAAGCAAAAAAAAAAAAAAAAGUUGGGGUAUCGAAGUGCAACUCAGAACUUUGUUGAGACCUCUGACAUUUACUUUGGAAAGCAGUUACAGUACCAUGUACUUUGGAAGACUUGCCAUGUUUUCCCAGUGUUUUUAUGCUUUUACCUGAACACUUGCCCAGCAGUCUGGAGAGUGGUGUUCUUGUUGGUUUGGGAUUUUUUUCCAAUCACAGGGUGUCAGGUUUUUCUUACAAAUUUUUUAUUUUGCUUUAAGUUAAGUGGCUUGUGUAAUGAGCAAGAAUAUUAAGGCAAGUGUGUUUUUCCUCUGCAACAUAAACAGGAUGUUUUCAACAAACUGGCUGGGAUAACCACCUCAAAAAUUAAUAUAAAGGUUCAAUUGUUAUUUAAGUUGGCACGUUUUUAUUUUUUUUUCUGCCAUGAAAUUUCUAAAUAUCCCUUCAAACUUUUCCCUUAUUCUUUCUUUAUAAAAAUGCUGCCACAUCUAAACAGUACUGUAGAAUUAUUUUCGUUUCUUCUUCAUCUUUUAUUAUGUUUAUCUCUUAGGCUUCUAAUUCUGUUUGUGCAUAUUGUUUUCCUGUUAACUUUGAGAGGAGUACUGUAUGUUUAUCUGAGGUAGCCAAAUUUGGCCAAGUCUGGUCCAGGAAAUCAGGAGUGAUCCUCAUGUGAAUUAGUCCCACUGACUUUAAAUGAGUGAGUACUGCUUGAGCAAGGGCCCUUUGUGUAAGUAAACCUUAGCUGGAUCAGGGCCAAGGUAGGAAACGAGGACCUGUUGUAUUUCCAGUGCAACAAACAUCUGUGUUGCAUAUAUCACGUUUGCUGUAAAUCAUGUGACCUUAGUAUCCAGAUUUCUCAAGUGGAUUGAAAUGCUGGUGUAGUGGUGGAUGGUUAGCAUCUCAGGGUAUGAGUCCUGAUUGAGUAAAACUUUUUUUUUCCCUCUCUGAAGAGGUAAGGUUCCCCUAGCAGAAGCAGCUUUCUUAAUUGUAAAUAUGCAUGCAUGUAUUUGUGGGCAGGAAAGUAAUACCAAGAAAACUAAGUUGAAAUCAAUUCUAAAACAAAAACCAUAACAAACAAAUGCUGUUGAAGUGCAACUUUGGUCCUGAGUCUGAAACAACAUAUGCAGAAUCUGUUCGUUUGUCUAAAUUGAUUUUGCACAAAAUACCAUUUCAGUUCUCUAGUUUUUUGCUACUAUUUUGCAAUGUUAGGAACUGAUACUGUUAGAUCAUAUCAGUCAUUCCCGCUGUGAUCAAAAUACAGAUGUCUAAAACCCAAACUCUCUUCCUUCACCUCCAGUACUAGGCUUCCACCUGUGGCAGAAGGGUGUUAACAGUAACGGGGAGAAACACGUAAAGUUUCCCUGAUGCAGACAGCGCCUGUUUUCCCUGUUGUGCUGAAUUCACAUCCAAAUGUAAAACACAAGGCAAAAAUUAUGCUGGAGCAGAGUUUUUAGUUGGGCUAAAUGACAGGAGCCUAACUGGAGAUUUUUAGCAGCCUUGCUAGUUCAUGUCCCUUACAAUGUUUUGCAUUAAGUGUCCCAUCACUGUAAAUACCAGUGUUGCUGAAUUUUACCAAAGUUCCCCUGCAGUAGAUAAUAGGAAACAGGUCCGUUUUGUAGCAACUCGCCAAGCAGAGCUUUGUCUACAGUAGAAUUCAAGGGUCUGUCUACAUUGCUGUUAAAACUGAGUCAGGGUCCUGUUUAAAAUAUAGCUAUUUUGUGGUGUUAUGUGAGACUUUAAACUUUGUGAUGUAGUAACUAUAGCUUCUAAUCCUUACAUGAAAAGUGAUUUAAGGUUUCAUCUGUGCUACAAAAAGCGCCACAGCUCCUAUUGUCAGGCCAAGAUAGAUGCAGCUUCAUCUGUAGCACGCAGCAAACAUCUGUUUGCAUCCACAGUUUGCGUGCGUGUUGCUUUUCAUCGAGCUAUGCAGGCAAGUUUUUUCUCUAAAAGUCCCCCAGAAUCCUGUGCUAUAUAAGCAAGCUUCUAGCAAAUCAAGUGCCCUCUGCAAAGAGCCAUUUUCACCCUGUAUGUGUGACAGCUGGGACUGGUGACAUUCAGCAGUGUUAGGGCUCCUGCUAACUUUGUAGUGAGAAAGGGAGUUCUGUGACUUGACUCUGACAGCCUUUCUGUAAAUGAAUACAGAGCACUCCAUGGGAAAAGGGGGAAAAAAAGGGAGGGGGGGUGGUUAGAAUUCAUUGUGCCAGCCAGCGUUAAGUAUUUUUACGGCAAGCCUUGUUGACUGUGAUGGGCGGAGGGGAAGAGAAGAGACUGGAGAAGUUUGCAUGGAUGCACAAUACAAGGAGGCAGUGCUUGAAAAAAAUUGUUUCCUUGAGCACUAAAUGCCUCCUCUUGGGUAUUAGCGUGUGUUGUUGCAUUUGCAGAACUAACUUCCUCAUUUUUUUUAAUCUGUUUGGUUUUUUUAAUUGAGACAAAGUGGAAACUUCUCCUGUUUCAGAUGAAACACAACCAUAAGUAAACAUUUUCUUCAUCAUUUACUGUUGAGCAGUAAGAGCAGGUUGCACAGCUUGUUAGAAUAGCUAUUUUAGUGACAUGGUUAUGAUAUUACGUGCUUUCUUUCCCCUCCCUCUCCCUGCCAGAUAUGGCUUACCCUUUCUAUAUAAGGCACUGUGUGGGUUUUUUUGUUUUGUUUUGGGAACGUGUGGAGAAGAAGCAAAAUGAAGUGAAAAUGCAAGCCAAGGUAGAACAGCCUUACUUUAGGGGGUAGCCUUACAACAGAGCUUUAUAGUGAGUGUGCUGUAUUCCAAAAUAUAUAAGCCAAAAACAAAAAAAGCAUUCAUUUAUGCAAAAAAAAAAUUAAAAAGAGGUGUUGGAAGACUUCUUUAAUAUGUACCUUCUAAAGGUAGAGUAAGGUCUCACCAAGUGAUACGUUAUUGUGAUACUUCUUGCUGGGUCAAUAAGGAUGGGUUGGGGUAUAAGCGCUUAACAUUUUCCUCCUAUGUUUUUACAAGCAGUAAGUUAAAUGUGGUAUUUAUGAAUGUGCCUUUGUGAGUAUAGUGACUGUCUAAUUGAGGAGACCACUUGGGCUGGAGGGGAGACAAUGGUCAAUUUAUUCUUUCAAGAGGUCAUACGUCGAGAUUGCAGCCCACUGGUCCCUUUUGACAAGCAGCAUCUUUGGGCUGGUCUCUACACUGCACAAUACGUAUUCAUAUGUGGUAGAGAUCGGGGUGGGGGGGUGCGAAGGGAUGUCGUGUGAUGCACAGAAGCUGUUGAUAGUUUUAGGUUAGUCUGCCGUUGCAGGUUGAGUUUGUAUACAUAUUGUGGCUUCUCUCUAUGUUUGUGUGCAUGAGUGUGAGUGCGUGUGGCUUUCUUUUUUGUAAGCACUGGAGAAUUGAAACAGUGAUGUUUGAGACAAAUUUAUACACGUAGAGAAGAUGAUGUUUUGUAGCUUCUGUUAAAUAGUGGGUGCAGGCACACUUUUACCCUCUCUGUCCGUGUCCUGAUAAGAGAAACAGGAAAAUUUAUUUUUUUCAACCCUUCAACUUCCAGCACACUUAAUGUUGCCAUUUAAAUGAACAGGGUAUUACACAAGAAGAAAAAAAAAAGAGUUUUUGAAAUGGUGAGGUAGAAGUGUUUAAAAGGAAAAAAAUCUGAAGUAAUUUUUUGUUUCUUCGAAGCUGUUUGUAGCUAAACAUGGGAAUCUGCAGUGUCUCCUUCCAUUUGUUUUUUUUUUUUCUCUAAUAAUUCACCUCUUCGUUCCACCCAAAACAUGAGGUGUACAAGAUCAAGAGCUGUUGUAGCCCUUUGUAAUUCCCACCCUGAAAAGAAACUCCAGUGGGAUCUCUCAGCUCUAUUCAGGAAGACAAAGAGAGGAGAGACUCUGCAGUUUUCUUUGCUUCGCUCUCAUUCCUCUCUAAUGGCCUUGAAAUGUAUUAUUAUGCAAAUGUGAAUUUUGAUACUGAACUUAAGAAGAGGUUGUUUGUUCUUUUUUCAAAAAAAAAAAAAAGGUCCCAUAUGUGGUCAGCAUUGCUUCUUUAUUUUGUAAGUGAGUUGUAAACUAUGCAUUCUGCAAAGGGGGUGUAGGGGACAAAGAUAACUUUGCUAAACUGUAGGAGUUUCUGUGUCCAUGGUAUAUCCGUUAUAGUUUGAGGAAGUGCGGAGGUGACGACUUUGAAAUCAAAAGGAGUUGAUAAGACCCUCUCUUUUUCAGAAGUUGGCCAAUAGGUAACUGGGCAGAGAUUUGGAAAACUAAUGUUGACUGCAAAACAAAAUCAGCUCUAAGCCUUGCGCAGGAUUGUGAAUUCUCGCCAUGCAGUGUUAACCCAGGGCCAAUAGGGUGAAUGGGACACCGGCUCUACCUGGGAAGCUGUCUACCACCUCCUGUGUUCUGGCCCUUGUCAAGCUCAGGAAACACAGUGCCAUUGGCACUCUCUUUUGGAUUUACUCAUUUGCCAUUACAACAGUCCUUGCGCUCUUCCAGGAGAAUUGGAACACAGCUGGUCCUUGAUGUCUACGCUUUCUUCCCCCUAAAAUUUUCUUGGCUGCUGUUUCUGGCACAGCUCAUACAGUGACGGCACAGCUAUGGACAAGAUGGUGGAGGUGGUACUUACUUUCUCGUGUUGAUAAAAGCAUGACAGAGGACUGCAGGUUUGGUUUUUUUUUUUUCAACAUCAGCAGCUACCAGUGCUUUGCUGUCUGGUGUUACUGCCGGUCACUUAGCAUUAAUGUUGGCAGUGUGUGAAAUUUUAGGGAAUGUAGACUGAUGUGUAGACAAGGCCCUCUACUUAAAAGAAAUGGUCCUUUUUUACUAUAAGGUGGUAUCAUAAUGGUCAUAAAAAAGGAUUCACUUCUUCACAUCUCCAAAAUGCAGUCAUUGUGAAUUGUGUUCCUUGAAGCUUGCUGAGCUUCCAGGAGCAGUCUCCUCAGAAAAAUGUAGAUCUCACUGCCCUCUUCGUCAUCUUAAUAGGGACUCUUUGACUUGACUUUUUCCUUUGUCCAUGGUGUUCCAUGGUACCUGCAUUAUCCUUGGCAUUAUCUUACAUGUAAUAUCAUGAACUGAGAGAUUAUUCUGCCUGUAUUCAGUGUUUUCAUGCAGCAAUUUUAUUUUUGUUGACAUUCACAGUACUGUAAUAAGUAAUAGACUUGAUGAUCACUCUCGCAUCUGUGCCUGCCUUGCAGAUGUGAUCUUAUCAGGGUUCCACUCUGUCAGAUUGCCUUUAAAAAAAAGAAAAGGAAAAAAAAAUCCGAAGUUUAAACUCACUCACAAAAAUACCUCGUGGUACAUUUCCCCUUUUGAUGUAACCUUUUAAAUCUUAGCUUUUCUUCUAAACAUAAUGGGCUUUUAUUUCAAUUUCUUAUCUCCUUUCUAAAAAGGUGUUUGAACUAGUGGUUUUGAGCACAGGAUCAGAAGCCUGGAACUCCUGAAUUUUAACAUUGGCCCUUACUCUUCCCUUGCCCUGGGCAAGUCAUUUAACUACUUUGUCUUCAUUUUUUUCAUCUGUAAAGCGGGGGUGAUGAUAAUAAUACCUACCUCACAGGGGCUUUGUGAGGAUCAAAUAGUAAAUGUUUGUAAAGUGCUUUAAAGAUAAAAAGCAUGAUAGAAGUAGUAUGAGAUUUUUACAGCAAGAUUGCUCAUUCUUUUUAGGUUGUUUGCCUGUGUGGAGGGAGAUAAACUUUUUUUUUUAAUGAUUAAAGCCAUCAGACACUCAGAUCCUAAAUAACAGAAGUUGAUGGAGAUUGUUACUCAUACUCCUCCUCUGUCUUUAUGCCAGUUUCCUUCUCCUGCUCUUCCUUUACACAGUUAUGCUAGUGUUGCUACAGGUCACGUUUCUCUAGUUGUAUUUACAAGUUUCAAACUUGAUUGAAGUACUUUGAGCUCGCUGCUUCUUUCACCAGAUCACCAAAUCAGAAUCAGUUUGUCUACUUUUCCCUGCCUUUAAAUAGCAUUUUUGGUAAUGUCAUGCUUCAAGUGGACACAUAUUUCCUGCUAUCAAGGAAGGGGGAGGUGGUGGUUGGGUAGUUCCAGCGAGGGGACUGUAAUAUGAAGAACCUUGCCACUUUAUGCUGCUGCUCCAGGGAUGAAGGGCAGAGUAGCUUUCUGUUUCCUUCCCUGAAUUAAUUUCAGUGUGUUACCAGUGACACUUCAAAUGCAGUGUCUCUUCUUGUCCACGAUAUACAGAAGCCAUCACCUGCCAAUAAAGUGUAGGAACAGAGGGAGUGAUAGUAGAUGCUGCUCGUGUAUAUGCCUUACGGCUCUCCCAGCAUGGAUCUGGGAGGGUGGUGGGGGAAGAGGUCUUCAUUGGGUAAAUCCCACCGCUGUCAGGGAACCUCUGCUACUUCCUCCCCUCUCCAAUCACACGGUCGCUGUUUCUUUUUUCUUGGAUGUGCGUCUCAGGGAUGUGCAUAUGAGCCCAUGCCUUUUGGAAUUUGGCCUUUGAAAUAUCAAGAAUAUGGUUUCUGUACCUGAAACCUUCCUAUCUGACACUCCCUGGUCCUCUCUGUCCUGCAUUGCUCCCCGUGGCCUUAGGAACAUCUCUCCACUGUUGCCAUAUGCCACCCUCUCCAUCUCUGCCAGUACUCAAGGUGAAACGUAUGCAGAGAAAGAAGCUGCAAUGAUGUAUGUGCACCUGUAGGAUUUACACACAAACAUAUCCUAGAUUUCUGCUGCACCCUAAAACAUGCAGAAUAUCUGAUGCACAGUGCUUUUUCUUUCUCAUCUAGAAAGCAGAACAAACAGCAGUACGACUCUGCUGAUGGUAAUUCUGUGAUGUUUACUUUGAAUGAAAUGCGAAGUAUUUUUCCCCAAAGAACCAAAAAACCCACCUUCUAACAAAACUAACCAAAUGUAAUCUUUCUGGGGGCGGGGGGGAGGGAAGGGGAGGAGGAAAAGCGAUGACGGGGGAGCGUUCUGAUCUAUUUUAAUCUCCACCGCUUGGAUGGAGAUACGAAAUGCUGCUUUGAGUUCCACAAACAUAAGGGAUUAUGUUUACAAAGGUAAAUGCCUUCUACCUGUUCAGGAAACUGGCUAAUGGUGGGCAUCAGAUGUUCGGCGACUUUCUCCUCAUUACAAACAAGUAAUGGGAGAAGGGUGCGUCUGGAAGAGGAAAGGAGAAAUAGAUUCAUUUCAUCUAGUCUUCUUGGUAAAAUAAUGCCGCCGCCUUCUGUCCUUGAAAAGUGGAGGGAGGAGGUUGCAGAACAGAAAAUCAGCGAUGUCCAAAAUGGCUGGAUUAGAAAAGGCAGCUUUUCUACUUUGCACAUAACUGGGUAACAGGAAGGUACAGCUGAAGUCCUCUUGCCUGAAACACUGUCCCCUAGAAGCAGACAUUGUAAUAAUAAAAAUAGUGGCUGUGUGUAUAUUGAUGCUAUUUGCAAGUUACCUGUAAGUGUUUUAUUUUUUCUUAUACUUGAAACAGCUUCCUUUACUAAACUCUUGCCGUAGCUCUGGUUUCUCCCCUCCUUCUCUAGCGUGCGGUAAAGAAAGAUCCAGGACAAACGGGGAGAAUGCAGAGGAGAUGACACAAUGUCUUGCAUUAGCCAGGUUUCAUCCUAAUUCCCAUCCCAUAUGCUCGCAGGUGUUUUAACUCCCUAAGGGUUUUCCAUGGACACAGAAACUCAGCACUUUAGAAGGUGCUCUUGUAUGGCUGGCUGCCCCCCUUCUCCUCCUUUUCUAUAUUUUUAUUUUACUUUUAGUAUAGUGGUACUUAAAAUCACUGGUUCACUUAAAAAGAAAAAAAAACAAUAAAAUGUUUAAACUCUACUAAUGUACAAAUAAGCUGAAAUGUUGCAUUUUAUGUGUAUUUUUGCCAUAGCAGGUACUGUAUUUCUCAUGCUGGAUUUAGAGAAAAAAAAAAAGAAAAAAGAAAAAAAGAAAAAAGAAAAGGGUGAUGUUUUAUUGGAGUGUGACAAGAGUAAUAAGGAAUUAAGUCGUCGUCAUUUCAUUGAAACUGAGAGAUGGUGUAAUACUUAUAUAAGUUUUCUGAAGGUUUUUUUGGGCUUUUAAACAGCUUUUUUGUUUUUAUUUUAUUUUUAUUUUUUGAAAGAUGAUUGUAUUAUGUGCAACUCAGUUGCUUACAUUAUAACUACAAAAUAUUUUUGGGUUCCUGGAAAAAAAAGAAAAAAGAAAAAAAAAAGAAAAAGACUAAUAAAUGUGUUUGGCUGC